AUGAAGGGUAGGCAAAACGGAGCUCCUCCCCCACUUGCAGCCACACCACCGCAUCAGCGGUGCAGCUCCGGCGAGUUGCGGAUGGGGAGGGUUCCACUUGACUUCACCGUGGGUGGCCAAGCCAUAACCAUUGAGUCCCUCUGCCACGACAAGGCGGAGGGGGUUGGCUGGCUUGAGCAGCUGCGCAAGGUGCGCAAGCCCGCACGCGUGGCCUUGCAUUAUGGGGCGCUU